AUGCCUUUGCUGUAUGCGUUGUCUGACGCGGCCUCGUUCAAUACGACAGUCAGGCCAUUCCUGAAACCUGACCUGCUUAAUCUGGAAGACGUCGUUUUCUCUGCGGGCUCUCUAUGGCGCUUCUACUUGGAGUGCAAUCCAGCAGUCUUUGCCUUCCUUCUCUGUAUCUUCAAUGCAGUGCUCGUAUAUACCGUCAGCGAAGUCUCUCGCAACUAUUCUCAGGUAGAUCGUCUGUGGUCAAUUUUGCCGACCACGUACCAGCUCCACUUUGUCAUUCGCGGGUACUUUACUGGAACUGGCAAGCAUGGUCUAUUGGCUCCCCGUAUAUGGAUCAUGUUUCUGCUUGAAUUCAUCUGGACGGUACGCCUGACACGCAAUUAUGCUCGCAAGGGUGGUUACAAGUGGGAUGCGGAAGACUACCGUUGGGCGACUGUCCGUGCUAAUCUCCCUCUUGCACGACUUACAUGGCCUUUGCUGAACUUGUUCUUCAUUGCUAUUGCACAAAACAUUCUGCUCAUGAUGCUCGCGAUGCCAGGCUAUAUUGUUCUGCUUGUUGGCUCAGAACGCGCACUUUGUUGGGCAGAUGUGCUUCUCCUCGAAUGCAUCAUCUUCCUGCUCGGUAUACAACUUUACUCUGACGACACUCAGCUGCGUUAUCAAGAGGGCAAGAAUCAUCAUCGCGAUGGCACUGCUACCAUCGACAAUACCUACCGCGAGUUUUCGCCAGCUGAGCUCGAACGUGGUUUCGUGACUAAAGGAUUCUGGGCAUACUCACGUCACCCAGCCUUUUUGUGCGAACAACUCAUCUGGUUGUGCGUGUACCUGUACUCUGUCGUUGCUACAGGUGUCUGGUUCAACUGGACUGGCUGGGGUGCCUUGUCCUUGGCAAUCUUGUUUCAGGCAAGCACAAUCCUUACGGAGCGCAUCUCUGCGGGAAAGUAUCCGCAAUACAAGGACUACCAGGCAAGAGUGGGUAUGCUGAUACCGUUUCCAGGUUAUCAAUGGGAUGAGGCAAAGUACACUAAGAAGCAAAAGUAG